AUGUUUCGAACCUUCACCCGUUUAACCGUUCCCGUCGUAGCCUUUGGUGCCGGAUUUGCUCUAUUCCCUAGUCUGUGGAGAAAAGGAAACUGGCAGCCCUCGAAAUUGACCCACAUCAACAAGUCUGUGUUGGAGACUAUUGAGUCGUCUUCUCUUUACCAAAAACUCGACAAGGAUGACUCCACCAUCAAGUACUACACUAGUGAAAUGUUCCCUGAACAGCACCAUAAGAAUCAUGUGGGCACGGGUCUACUUUUCGGACCCAAUCUUUUUGAAAUUGACCCGGUUCUUUUCAUUAAUGAGUCCAAAGGUGAACUCACUGGUUUCUACCAUUUGGGCAAGGAAUUGAUCAGUCAGGACGGUCUAAUUCACAAUGGAGUCACGUCCACCAUCUUGGACGAAGGAUUAUGUGCAUGCGGAUUUGCCAAAUUGCCGUCUAAAAAGGGUGUGACUGCCAAUCUUACCAUUAACUUUCAUAACCAGGCGCCUCCUGAUUCUACAGUCGUUCUACACGCGAAAGUGGUGGAACAUAGGGGUCGCAAAGUGGUGAUUGAAGGCACCUUAUCCACAUUCACUGUGGAUGGCACUAAUGCUACGGAAAUUGCAACGUCACGGUGCGUUCUUGUAGAACCGCAAUGGUUCCGGUACUUGAGAUGGCUAAACUUGUAG